CGCGGGAAAAGUUUGACUGCACAUGGCGUCCAUGACAACGGGAAUCGAAGUGUCCAAUCAGGAUUCAGAACAGAAAUAUCCAGGCUUCGGUUCCCAUACUUCGUCGAGCGUGAAUGCAAGAUGGUGUACAGUUCAGCCUACAGACGGGCCUAUAGAAAACCUCUGUGGGAUGAUUAUGGUAAGGAAGAAUUUAUUAGUAAGUUGCAGUAUAGGUCAGAUCGAAGGUCAAUAGAACAUCGCCAUCAGCCUUGGAGGUGGGACAGCGAAAGUGAAGAAGAAGAUAUUGAAGAGAUUCCGGCACACGAUGGCAGUUAUGAUGGGGGACGCCGUCAGUUUCAUCCAGACGAGAAAAAAGCUGAUAAAAAACCGCCAAAGAACGCAUGGGAAGAAGAGAAAGAUUUCAAAGAGAACGAUCAUGCUGAAAGAGCCUUACCUUUGCCUGAAAGACUUAAGUUUGACGAAGCAGAGAAAGAAGAAAAACCAAAACAUACGCGUUCUGCGGAGGACGCGAGACUAAACGAACGUGAGUCUCGCGGUGGCAGAGAUCACAGGCGUAAACAUCACAGAUCGUCGGGAGAUGAAAAGAAACAGCGAUCACACUCGAAUUCACCGGAAAAGGAUCCAAUCUCUAGGGAUAGAAGAAAGAAAGCGCCCUUUCUCCCUUAUGGAAUGGCUAACGAAGGACCUGUAGACAUGUGGAAAACUCAUAAUGUGCUGGCUUCACAGCCCGAGGCGAGUAAACAAAUAAAGAUUUAAGUUAAUUUUAAAAACAAUAUUGUCGGUGGAAUAUUGUCGGGAGGUAAUCAUAGCAGUAACCUUUAGAGCAUAUAGUUUGACCUAUUAUGAGGCAAAAUUGUUGGCAAAUGAAUCUUAUGCGGAGAUGUACGUCUUCAAAUCCUCCAGUGAGAGUUUGUUUCUUUUUGUUAAUUAAGGAACUAAUUUUUGGAGUGCAAUGAAUGUUAAAUAAUUUAUUUAAGUGCUAAUGGCGGAAAAAAGCUUCUUGUCGUACUUAACACUUUUGCUUCCAAGAUCUAAUAAUCAAGUCUCUGUACUGUAUGUUCAUUUUAGCUUUAAACAUUUGGCAUUAACCUAAGAAAUCACCCAUCAGUUGAUCUAAUUCCAUCUUCUCCUCACCUUUUUUACCAAAAAUGUAUUAAAGUUCUAUGGAGGAAUUCUUUCACCCACUCAUUAUUAGGCCAUGAGAAUGAAAGAAAUGAUCACCAACCAAAGAAGCUCUUGAAUUUUAAACAAAUUCUCCUUUUUAGCAUCUUUGGAAAUGAGCACAGAAUAGUACAAAAAAUAUGCCUAUUGAUCUUAGGGGGUACAGUUAAGUUAAUCAAGUAAAGUAUUAAUGGCCAUGUUCAUUAUUACUAAUAAUUUGUUUACUGGGUGGUUAAAUAAGUUUUGAAACUCUCCCUUCAGGUGUAUCCUGCUGCUCUUCGUGCACAGAAAAGAAGACAACAAGAGAUUAAAAAGAAAGCUCAACUGCGAGAAGAAGCAGUAAAAAAUAAGGAAACACCAGCACAUUUUGAUGUGGAUGUUGCAUUUCCAAAAACCUGGUGGAUGACAGAGUAUCAGAGAAACUUUUGUAAAGAGGAAGAUGUCAAGAGACACUUUUUGAGAUAA